AUGGAAAAGGAUUUAUCUAAAAAAUUGAACGAAGCUUCAUCUUCCUACAACGAUAAUCAGCAACAAAUCGCCGACGAGACCGUAAGCGAGGAUGGGUUUGAUAUCCUCUCAAUGACACUACCUCUUCGCCCUGGCUCUGAUUUAUUCAGCAAGAAUUUACUGAGAGCUCAAAAUAUUAAAAAUAUUAUAAUAACUGCAGUUAUAGGUAAUGGGAUUACAGGAGAGGCAUAUACUGUCGGUGCGAAUGAGCAGAACGAUGGCCGACGAGCGGAUAUUAUAUACCUUCCACUCAAAGAGUUUGCACGCGCUCUUCCACCUGUGAUUAUUGAAAUACAGAGCAAAGUAAAUCCUGCUUUUGUCACUCGUUCCAUUCGAUACUGUUUGAAUACUUUUGAUGACGUUAAGACACUACCUGUAUUAGUAGUGAUAUGCAUUGAUGGUUUUUCAAGCAGAAAAUUUCGUGAUUCUGCAUUUGAAAAGUUGGACAGCAAUCCAUUUUAUACACAUCCGUGCCAGUCGUGGGCGAAAAAAGUUUAUAUAUACGCUGAAGGUUCCAUUGAGAACCAUAUAAAAAGCUCCCCCAUUAACCCAAUGGUAGCAUUGGCGCAUGUUCUUAUCUCUCAAGAAAAGAACAUCAUGAUGCUUGAAGAAUAUGAUGACCCAACCAUUCAAGACAUCUAUAAGACGGCCUUGCAUGUUUUCUCUGAUGGUAAAGACAAAACGAAUGAUUUAAAAAGAAAUUGUGAAUCAUUCUGUGAGGCUAUGACUAGCCAAUUCACAAAAAUUAUGAAGUAUGAAAAAGAUGGCUCAGAGCAAUCACGCAAAAGAAUUCGACAAUACGCGCAAGAUGGAAUUGACUUCAUCAAACAGUUCAAUCGUCGAAAUCUUAGCGAUUCCAGUGCCACACCAAUUAGGGCAACCACUCCAGAAGAACCAAGUGAUGAUCUGAUUUUUGUGGAAGAAGAGAGAGCCCAGUCAGCUGGAAGGUUCAAUUGGGUCUCAUGUUUUGAAAAAGGUUCUGCUGAAGGAAAAUUUACACGAUAUAGCAGCCACCUCACUCUUAAGCAGGCAUACUCUAGACAAACUUUGUAGUGUUGUAAAAUUUAAUAAAUGAUUCCCACAGUAUAAUUGACAUGAUAUUUGAAAACAGAGCCUUUAAGUAGUAAAAUGAUGGUUUGUCGUCAACGCUGUUGCGAAGGCCAAAAAAUAGGGGGUUUACAUUAGGACUACCUGCUUAUUUAGCGGGAGUUAUUACUCCACCUAUGUAAAGCUGUACCCAAGCUAACGAAGUUACUGAUGCUACUCAAACUACUCAGAAAAAAAAAAU